GGACGCUUCAAAGACAAAAUCAUACUCGUAUGCUUAAGCAAUCACUUACUGUGCUUCAGCCAAGAAUGAUGAUGCCGACAGUAAGCAAACAGCUGCGCACUCGGAUAAAUUGCCUUCCUUUUCAGCUUAGAAGCAUAACCCUACCACGCAAACCAACUGAACCUGGACCGGAGGACUGUUGUCAGAGCGGUUGCAAUAUAUGUGUGUGGGACCAAUACGCGGAUGCGCUUGAGAAGUGGAAGGAAAGAGUGUCAAAGUUGGAAGCAAAGGAAUCUGGGAAAAGCUUGGGAAAAACGUUCAUGCCACCGACGCCGCCUAAAAAUGUCGGCUUGGUCGCCUUUGAGGAGCUGGAGAAACAGUUGAGCAAGCAGACGGAUGAAAAAGAGGCACAGCCUGAACAAAAUCAGCACCCAGGCUGAGUAUCAUGCCUGGUAUGUACGAGCCUGGCUGAGCUCCGAAGCAGCUGACAAUGCCAAUGCUCACGUACGCACGCUCGCCCUCAUCCUCAUCGUUCCCCAUGCGACCACUUGCCUACGGCCGCAGCAUUCGCACAGAGAGUACUAAAUGCUUCCUUCCACCAAACCGCCUUCCUGACCCCGCCCCCAGCGGUCAUCCGUGUCUCAUGGCCCCGGCCUUCUUGAGGGCACCACACGUGCAUUUAGUCAUGGGGCUGCACCCACGCAGCUGUGCCCACGCGACGCGAUUGGCCAUGCGACCCCAUCCAAGAGCAGUAGUCGAGACGUUGGUAGUUGGGAGCCGUUCUCCUGCGCGUGACCGUGGCCACAUACUCAUCUGUAUGUAGAGCUCGUGUUUUUGGAUUCAGGUGGCAGUUGCCUGGCGUUAAGAGACGAGAUUGCGUACCUUGCGUUCCAGGUCGCUUUAUUUGCGCUGUGUGUGGUUAGGUUUAGGUCACGGAACGUAGCCUAAGAGGCACGGUAUUAUGUAUGGAUUGCAGCCUUGCAAGGACGUCAACUGUGCUCCUGGACGCUAUAGCUCCACAGUUGUAAAGCACCCAAGAUG